ACAUCAUGCUGCUACUAAAGGCUUCAGCUCCCUGGCUGCUGCUGGCUUUCCUCGGACAGCUGGUCUCUCUGUCCUGCGGUGCGCGGAAAUCGGACAGAGCCGUGUCCAAGGUGGGUGUAGCGGGUGGCCGGGGAAAGUUCUCCACAAAGGAAAGGAUGCAGUGCACGUGGGUCGCCAGCGAAGUCAGGGACGCGGUGCAGCUACUGGUCAAAUGCGAGAACCCGGAGGCGCGCGUCACAGGCGGGAUCGCCGACCUGCGCUGUGAAUACAACGCCAAACCCCGGGGUUGCCCGGGUUACCUGUCCGAGCCCCAAAACUUCUGGAAGCAGGUGGCACGCGCGCUAAAACGGCUCCAAGGUAAAGUGUGCAAGGACGAGCGCGCGCUGGUGAGGGCCGGGAUGUGUAAGCGCGCGCCACGAAGUGCGCACUUCAAGCUGGACAUCUCGAGCUCCCGUGUCUCCGCUCAGUCCGGAGACCCGGGGACUCAGCCUCCCCCACCGCCCCCAUCAUCUCACUCCACCUCCACUGCAACGACGGCGUGCACGAGGCGGCGCGCGGACCACGGCAAAACGGCUGAAGAGUACUGCAGCAGCUCUUGGGCCAGCGUGUGCUCUUUCUUCCUGUCCAUGAUGCAAAGCGAGGAGGACUGCUAGCU